CACUCCAUUGUGCUGUCUCAGCCACCUUCAGCAAAAGGCAGGAGUUUUUGGGAAGCUGUGAGAGGCCGUUCGAAGACAGAGAUCCCUUAGUGGGGGGGAUCUGUCGGUGCCACUCCUUGUGCAGUGUCUGCGUGUUUAUCACAGGAUCACUUACCUGAUGACAUGAUUCAUGGGGAUGGGCCAGCAGCAGACAUGACCACCGAAGACCCACAGAUGAAGAAUGCGGACCAAGAUAAGUUUGCAGAAUCCUAUGAGCGACACGAAUCUGUCGCCACAACGGAGGCCAGGCUGAGGAUGGAAGGCGUGGAGCUUAAAGAGGAAUGGCAAGAUGAAGACUUUCCAAGGCCUCUCCCAGAAGAUGACCAAAUCGAGGGGGAUUUCUUAUGCGGCUGUGAUGAAGAUGGUAGACCAGCUUGGGCUUUCCCAGUACUGGAUCAGUCAAUUUACUGUAUGCCUUACUCAGCAUUUCAUAAUUCACUUCCAAGUCCAGUGGAAAUGAACAGCAAUAAAAAAUCAAAGAAGAAACUGACUGCUCCCAACCUUAGCUUGAACCUGGAUCACAGCGAGGGCUCCAUUUUGUCUGAUGACUUGGAUGAAAGUGGAGAGUUGGAUUUGGAUGAUUUGGAUACGACAUCUGAAAACAGCAAUGAAUUUGAAUGGGAAGAUGAUCUUCCAAAACCAAAGACUACUGAGGUGCUACCAAAAGGUUCUAUUCCUGAAUACACUGCGGCAGAGGAGAAGGAGGAAAGCAGGCGCUGGCGCAUGUUCAGAAUUGGCGAGCAAGAUCACAGGGUUGAUAUGACUGCCAUAGAACCAUAUAAAAAAGUUAUUAGCCAUGGAGGUUAUUAUGGAGAUGGAUUAAAUGCAAUUAUAGUGUUUGCUGUGUGCUUUAUGCCUGACAGCAGCCAACCUAAUUAUCGCUACCUAAUGGACAAUCUAUUUAAGUAUGUUAUUGGCACUUUGGAAAUGUUAGUUGCAGAAAACUACAUGAUAGUUUAUUUAAAUGGAGCCACAACACGGAGGAAAAUGCCUAGCCUAGGAUGGCUUAGAAAAUGCUAUCAGCAAAUUGAUAGAAGGUUACGGAAGAAUCUCAAAUCUUUGAUCAUAGUGCACCCUUCCUGGUUUAUCAGAACACUUAUAGCUAUCACAAAGCCCUUCAUUAGCACAAAAUUCAGCCAGAAAAUUAAAUAUGUCUUUAGCUUGGUUGAAUUAGCAGAACUUAUUCCUAUGGAGUACGUCAGCAUACCGGAAUGCAUAAAAGAGUAUGACGAAGGAAAAUGUAAAAAGAAAAACAAAAGAGUUGAUAAAGAACUGAACAAGAAAACAGAAGACCAAGCCAGCGGGCAGUAAGUGGAGAGGGAGCUGAAGGCACCUGAAAAAUAUACUGCACGAAACGGGAGUGUAUUUCUUCUUUUGUGGCAUAUCAUUAUGGUUUUUUUUCUACCUGUCCUGAACAGUUAAUCUACAGAUGUCACUCAAUUAGAGAUAAGGAGCUGUACUGAGGCCAAAACUAUUGAAAAAAAAAAAGUAUUUUUAUUUGUAUUAGAAUAUAGAACAUUUUGGGCUCGGACUGGAUCUCAGAACUAUGGAGACCGUACAGAUUGUAAGGGGUUGGUUGCUUUUGCAUAGUUGCUGCAUAAAGUGUCUCUGCCUACCUUAUCUGAGCCAUAUUGAGAUUCAGCUGGUCCUUUUCAUGUGAUUCAUUCACGACUGACCUGGUGCCAAAAAACUAUUUAACAGUCGCUGCGAAAGUACCCAGAAAAGAGAUUCACGGACUUCAGCAAUUGCGGUUAAUGCAUUCUAGACACCUGACAGAAAACGUCAGGACAUCUCAAAUUCUGGGAACAUAAGAGAAUCCUUUAUAUUAGGGGCACUCAAUGGCAAGUGACAUUAAAUAACCACAGUAGUAAAUUAUCAUUAAUCACCUACCAGUAAAAUAGUUGUUUCUUCUGAACAGUUGCAUACAUCCAUAUAGGCCUUUCACAAUUAAAUUCUGGAAAGAGAGAGGCAGGCCACUCUGUCUUAUAUUAAAAUGGAUGUUGGGUGUAUAUUUUUCCUUAGCAAAUAAAAAUAAAAUCUUAGUUAACAUGCCCUAGUAAUAUAUAAGAUGUAUUAGCAUUCAGCAGAUACCAAAUUAAUGGUAUCCUUACAAGAGGACUUGUAGCUCUGUUAGUCUACAACAAUGUACCCCAUGUUGAUGACUUCAAACUGAAGCCUCAUAUGAAUAUCCUGUAGACAUGCAUUGCAGUGCCUAAUCAUUUUUUUUCCUCCUAAAAGAUGUUAUUUUGUGCUUCCGGCUUCAGCAGUCAUUUGAAUCAAUUGAAAUGCCAGUAGAAUGUUAGAUAGCAAUAUGUAUGUGAUGACCUACUGUUCAUUUGCAGCAAGUAAGCCAUUGUUUGAGCAGGAGUAAAUAUAUGAAUGAUGCAUUUUUUAAAGAAUGUGAAAAACAUGUUAAAAAGCAAAAUGUCUUGGUGUUCUAAUGAUUUCAUUAUGGGCAAUUGACUCCCACUUUUAGCAGGACUAUAGGAUAGGGUGAUAAAUGACAUUUCCUCAGUUUCCAAUCAAAAACACUGAUAUUUUUACAGAAUGUUGUUUAACGGGUUCUUUUUAUCAUACCACCUAUGAUUUGUUCUACAUUUCACAUGUAAACUUUCUAAAGUUGUAUCCACAAACCAUACACAUUCUUAUCGAGGCAUACUUCAUUACAAUAUUUUUUAAAGGGUUAUUGGACUUCUGUAGGACUUAUAGGCUUUUAUUCUGUCUGGAGUUGAACAUUCUAGGCCAAAAAAUAUAUUCCAUUCAUUAUGCAAAUAUGCAAUUUUCUUGCAUAUUUGCUUUAUUAUAUGGCAUACAUUAUUUGCAGUUCUAGCCCUCUCAUAAACUGAAAGCUAUUUUACUGCCCUGGAAGUUUUCUUUGAUAGUCUUGGACUCACUGGGCUCCAAGCAGUGCCACAUCUAUAAAUAAGGGCAUUUUGUCCUGCCUCACCACAGCAGCAGUAAAACACCCUAUGUGCCAUAGGUGUUAUGUAUCUUUUGUUCUGCUGUCUCACCUAUUAUAGCUGCUAGUGUUAUAUUUGGCCUUUCAUCUUCGUUUUUUUUUUAAGAAUAGGAUAUAUCAGACUUCUAAGCAUAUUGCAUUUUGCACAUCACAGUUAUUAGUGUGCACAAUGCAGGAUGCUAUAUGUAGGCUACCAGGUUUUAGGUUUUACCAUAUUCAUUUUCUUCAGCCUCUUGUUUUUAAUGUUGAAUCAGGAUACCUGGUUUUGAUAUUGGUGUGACAAUAUUGGUAUUUUAAUUUACACUUUUUCAAUACAGGUUUUUGCAUAAAAGCAUAACCGCUUAGUUUAUAUUAUGAAACAAAAACAGUUAUCUUAAGGAGUAUAAAGUUUGUUAAUUUAACUAUAAAUUGAGAAAUGGAGAAAUUUUCCCUUGCUCACUGGCGCAGCAGCCAUGUCCCUGUUUGGGGGGUUACGGGGCAUACUUUCUGAGUGACAGUCAGUGUGAGCUUUUGGGUAGUAUUACAUAAACUUUACUGUAGCCCGCCAAGAACCAUCAACUUGAUCACAGCCUUAUAUAACAGUUUGAGACAAUGUCACUCUUAUGCUCAGAUACAGUAAUGCCUAAACUGCUGUUCUGCUUCCUUUUAAGUAUAAUGGAAACAUUGGUAACUGGUUAUACUCCGUGAACAGCACUAGUAGUGGCACCAGCAGAAAGCUGCCUCAUCUGACAUUACAAUUAGAGGACAACAAACAACACCUUAUUAUUAAUAGAUUUUGAAAAGGUUUUGUGGGACCCCAAUUUGACUAGUGCUCCCGAGCCCUACUGUAAUUCUCUUAAGUUCAGCUUGGAUGGUUAAAGGAGAACUGAUGCAUAAUGAAUAAGUAGUGUAGAAAUACCCAAGGCAAUCACAGCUGUUUUGCAAUUAAGCUGUAUCUCUGAAGAUUUCUCUUCAGCAGUUCCCCAUUUCUUUUCAGCCUAGUCAAAAAAACAUGCUCUGUUCUUCUGUAGGUUACCUGAGUUUAGGGACUGCCUCACGAUAAUAUAGUAUUGAUUCAGAACCUAAUGCAGUAAGCAUCCAAAUGUAAUAAUCAUCCCUGUAGCUUCGGAUUAUAUGACAGGCAAACCUUAUUUUGUGCUUGAUGAUUUGCAACAACCCUCUCAAUAGCUGCCUUAGCCAAGAGCACUUUGAGCAUGUGCAGUGUCACUCAUAACAAAAUCCAAAGUAGAGAGCUCCUGUGACAACUUUGAAGACCUGAAUCAUUAUUUUUAUAAAGAUGCUGAACCUUUAAGAUGGUGCAAUAAGUUCAGUAUAUAAAAUAUGGCAUUUCUACCCAUAUUUAUUUUUAUGUUUAAGCUCUCCUUUCGGUAUCCUUCAGGUAAUGGCACAUGAGACUUCUAAGAGCCACGGGCGAUGGGAAGAUUUGUCACCCGCGAGAGAUUUGCCCUACUUUGGGCAACAAAUCUCCCAAAAAUGCUUCUCCACAGCAAUAACUGAAAUCACAGGAGAUAAAACCUACAAGUUGCAAAGUCUGCUGAAGUUUCCUCGGAAGGCAAUUUUGUGCGACUUUGGAAAAACAAAGCGUUGUGUAGGUUUUGCCACAGGCAAUUUCAAUUAUUGCCAGUGAAGAAGCAUUUUCAGGAGAUGUUGCCCACAGUAGUGCAAAUUUAUCAUGGGCUACAAAUCUCCCCAUCAGCCAUUAGCCUAACGUGUUGUCUCACCACAGCACACCACAUUAGAACAUUUUUGAGUAAUAUGCCUCGGUUGCUAGACAUUACAAGGCACAUUCAGAUGGAAUCUCCCCCAUUCACUUUAAAUGAGGGGAGAUAUCUAGCAACAAAACUACCUUCCUCUCCAAAUACCCUUGCAAUUGCCUUUCACAAUCAGUGAUGCCAUAUCUUCUAAGAUAUCAUUAUUUAGAAAAAGAAUAGAUAUAUAUUUAGCCUUGAUUCUGGCACCAAAUUAUAAGUGUAGUGGUUUCCUAUGCACACCACAAGGGAAAUGAUUAGCAGUGAGGAGUAGCACCCUUGGAGCUUAGAUCCCUGUAACCACAAUGUGUUUGUAUGUCAGGUUCGAUUACAAUAGAGCGGAUCUAGCUACAAUGUUUUACUUGUUUACCUUAUUACCUAUCUUUAACAUUGUAUUCAAUUUGUUACAUAUCUUAUAAUGUCAAAAGAAAAACAUGUUUUUUUUUUAAUGUAUAUAGAAUGCACUCUUAAAAACUUAUCUGGAGGAUGCAUGUUCCUCAUUGAAAUAUUUAUAUUCAUAAAAGGAAAGGACAGAGAUAAUAUAUAUUUUUAUUACUUUUGUGAGCAAGAUUUUAUAAAGUGCACUCUUUACCCCUACAGUAAACGAAGGCCAUACUUGACUGUUCUAAUGUUCAUACUAGAAGAAUAGGAGUGUCCUGUUAUGUAAAGGAAAAAAAUCUAGCUGUUUUUGAUGUUGCUGUUCCUCUAGUAUAACUAAUUGUCAAAUGCAAUAUUGUGAACCAAAUCUGUGCUAUGUAUUAUUUGCCAUUUAGAUAGUACAGCCUAUUAAGUCUGGUUUCUUUAUAAAUAAAUGUUAUUAAACCAUACACUAAGGAACAUUUUACAUAUGAUGAAAUGUACUUUCUACCACAAUAAAUACACUGUUUUAUAUGA